UGGUGCGUGUCGGGUCGACAGUCAACAUGAGGAGCGCAAGGAUUCUGCAGCAGUUCUGUUCUGUCAGAAGACAGAGCCUCCACACCAAGAGCUCUGUGGGGAUCAUCGGAGCUCCUUUCAGCAAGGGACAGCCUCGCGGCGGGGUCGAGAGGGGACCGGACCUGAUCCGAGCUGCAGGACUGCUGCCCAAACUGCACGAGCUAGAAUGUGCAGUGAAGGAUUAUGGGAACCUGGCGUUCGAAGAGGCGGAGCUUGACGGGCCGGAGGGCGUGCUGAAAAACUUGAAGGCGGUCGGCGGCUUCAACCAGAGGCUGUCGCAGGCGGUGCAGCUAGUGAAGAAGGACGGACACACGACUGUGAUGCUGGGAGGAGAUCACAGUCUGGCGAUCGGCUCCAUUCACGGUCACUCGGCGGCGGUGGGACAACUGGGUAUCGUCUGGGUCGACGCCCACGCUGACAUCAACACGCCGCUGACCACGUCGACCGGCAACCUGCACGGACAGCCCUUGUCAUUCCUCGUGAAAGAGCUGCAGUCCAGUGUUCCUGUGCUGCCGAGCUUCUCGUGGCUCAAACCGUGCAUCUCGGUCAAAGAUCUGGUCUACAUCGGCCUGAGAGACGUGGACCCUGGAGAGCAUUACAUCCUGAAGGAGCUCGGGGUGAAGAUGUUCUCUAUGUCAGAGGUGGAUCAGCUCGGAGUGUCCAGAGUGAUGGAGGAGACGUGUGACUACCUGUCCUCCAGAGGGAAUAAACCGAUCCACCUGAGCUACGACAUCGAUGCCAUCGACCCCACUGUUACCCCAGCAACCGGGACACCUGUAGUGGGCGGGCUGUCAUACAGGGAGGGGGUCUACAUCACAGAGUGCCUCCGUGAGACAGGUCGUCUGUCGGCAGUGGACCUGGUGGAGGUGAAUCCUCUCCUUGGUAAGACCGAGGAGGGCAUUCAGUCUACCGUCAGCAUGGCGGUCGACUUGCUGCUCGGCUGCUUCGGGCGCCUCCGUGAGGGAAACCACCCCUCAGAUUACAAUCCCCCCAAGCCAUGAAGGUGGACGAUGCUAACCCUACUGCACAGAUGGACCUGUCUGAGCACCUGAUCACUAUUACUCUGCCAAAUCAUGAACUCCUCUACCCAGAAUGCCUUUAGCCUGAUGUCAGUGUGCUGCACACACUCGCUGUUUGAUUUGUGACACUUUUACCUAAGAUAUUUUAUACCUGUGGCCGUCGACACAGCAAUCAGAAUCAAAUCUACAAUCACAUUUUCAUUUUUCUAUCCGGCGUAUUCAUCAUUUUCUGACUUUUCUUAAUGCUUUAAAAUUGUAAUAAAAUAAAAUAAAAAAACUGUUUGAAUCUUCAA